UUGUCGAACGUUUAACUAACUACACUUUGCGUUUGUUGCGGUGAUUGGGGCGGGCGGGCGGCGGUGGCGGCGGCCAGGAGCUCGUGCUGACUUCAGUGGUCUGACCAAUCUUCUGUUGCCGCCGUUUCGGAAGCCAAAGCGGAACCGCACCGCGUUCUCGCCGUUUCAGCUGGUCGAGCUGGAGAGAGCCUUCGAAUUAAACCAUUACGUCAUCGGGGGAGAGCGCAAGGACCUCGCUUGUCGGCUGCAGCUGUCGGAAACGCAAGUGAAAGUGUGGUUUCAAAAUAGACGCACCAAACACAAACGUGUCAAGGUGGACAAAAGCAGCACUCCAACGCAGAGCACCCCCUCCAUCUUCUGGUCAUUAAGGCUGAAAAACGCUGCUGAGGAAGUGGAUUCGUUAUUACAUAGUUGA